AUGUGGUUGGCAAGAAGUCAUGCAGAUAGAAGAGGAGGAGGAAAUGGGUUGGUGGCAGUGGCAAUAGACAGAGACAAAGGUAGCCAAAAUGCACUCAAAUGGUCUAUUGAUCAUUUGGUCCUGAAGGGCCAGACCCUUAUUCUUCUCCAUGUCAAGCUCAAACCUGCAUUGCUUUCCUCCUCAGCAUCUCUUUCGUCCCAAAGGCUACCCCGUUUGACAGGUAUUGUUGAUGUAAAUUCACUGAUAUGCAAAGAUCCUGAUCAACGCACAAGAGAAAUGUUCCUUCCUUUUCGAUGUUUUUGCACACGUAAAGAUAUAAAUUGCAAAGAUAUUGUACUAGAAGACACAGAUGUAGCCAAAGCAUUAAUUGAAUAUGUAAAUCACACGGGGAUUGAGAAUUUGGUUGUUGGUGCCUCAACAAAAACUGGCUUUCUCAGAUUCAAGGCAACAGAUAUUCCAGGCUCAGUAGCAAAGGGAGCACCAGAUUUUUGUAACGUAUAUGUGAUAUCCAAAGGAAAAAUUCAGUCCAUGCGAUCUGCCUCGCGUGCUGCACCACCCUCCUCACCUUUUCGUAGCCACCUUAUUAACCAAUCUAGCAUCAAAUCAGAUGCAUGGGAUCCAAAUCUCCAUCACUCUACUACUCCUAAGAAAGGAACAGAAAAGCCACCAGUUGAUUUAUUUCAUAGAAUGCAAGAUGAUACAGAUAUCAUGAGGUCACCAUUCUCUAGAAAAGGCUAUGAUGGAAAAUCAUACGGGGAACUCACUCUGCCUGAUACUGACAUAUCCUUUGUUAGCUCCGCGAGACCCAGCAUUGACCAGAUGUUCACUGUAUACGACAAUUUAGAUAUAGGCAGCACCCCCUCACGGAUGUCACUCACCUCCACAGAGGUAGACAUGAAAGAAUACUUUGAUAUAAUGCAGAUAGGACGGAAGUCACCGGAAAUCGGUUCUCCACCACCUGAAAUUUCAAAUCUCUCACAGGAAAAUGAUAGGCUAUCAAACUCAGCGCAAACAGCAGAAGACGUGGAGACUGAAAUGAGGAGGCUAAAGCUAGAACUCAAGCAAACAAUGGAAAUGUACAGUACUGCCUGCAAAGAAGCACUAACAGCAAAACAAAAGGCAGUAGAGCUGCAGCGCUGGAAAUUAGAAGAAGAGCGAAGACUGCAAGAGGCACGAUUGGCUGAGGAAGCUGCAUUGGCGCUUGCAGAAAAGGAGAAGGCCAAGUCUAGGGCCGCCAUUGAGGCUGCUGAAGCAGCCAAGAGGAUAGCAGAGCUAGAAGGACAAAAAAGAAUUAAUGCAGAAAUGAAAGUAUUGCAAGAAUCAGAGGAGAAGAGAAAGGUACUUGAUGCUCUAGCACAAUCAGACAUAAGGUAUAGGAGGUACUCAAUUGAGGAGAUUGAAGCUGCCACUGACUUCUUCACAGAAUCCCGCAAGAUUGGAGAAGGGGGCUAUGGACCUGUAUAUAAGUGUUAUCUGGACCAUACACCUGUUGCAAUUAAGGUUCUUCGUCCGGAUGCAGCUCAUGGAAGGUCACAGUUUCUGCAAGAGGUUGAGGUAUUGAGCUGCAUACGGCAUCCAAACAUGGUUCUCCUCCUAGGAGCCUGCCCAGAGUAUGGCUGCUUGGUCUAUGAGUUCAUGGCUAAUGGGAGCUUGGAUGACCGUCUCUUCUGUCGGGGUGGCUCUCCACCCCUUUCUUGGCAACUUAGGUUUAGAAUUGCAGCCGAAAUAGGUACUGGCUUGCUAUUCCUACACCAGUCCAAACCAGAGCCACUUGUGCACCGUGACCUGAAACCAGGUAACAUCUUGCUUGACCGCAACUUUGUCAGCAAAAUUAGUGAUGUUGGCUUGGCCAGGCUAGUACCCCCAUCUUUGGCUGACACCGUGACACAGUAUCGGAUGACAUCCACAGCUGGCACAUUCUGCUAUAUAGACCCAGAGUAUCAGCAAACAGGAAUGCUUGGAGUAAAGUCUGAUAUAUAUUCCAUUGGCAUCAUGUUUCUACAACUAAUAACAGCUAAACCACCAAUGGGCUUGACUCACCAUGUUGAAAGGGCUAUUGAAAAGGGAACUCUUACUCAGUUGCUAGAUCCAGCUGUGACUGAUUGGCCAGUUGAAGAGACCUUGUGCUUUGCUAAGCUGGCACUCAAAUGUUCGGAGUUAAGGAGGAAAGACAGACCUGAUCUUGGCAAAGAUAUCUUGCCAGAACUCAAUAGAUUGAGAGCAAUUGCUGAAGAAACUAUGCACCCCACUUUGAUGUUUAGCAGCCCGAGCCUCUCACCUGCCCACAGCCAAGUUUCCUUGCAGCUAGACGAGGAUCUUCCACAUGAACAUUCUGAUCUGAGCUCCAAAUAUUCAAGCACUCUAUAA